GUUAUGACGGUACCAAUUUAAACUGCAUCGCCGACCUUGUGGGUGUUGGUAGACUAAUCGUAUUUCGGGAACGAAAUAGAAGCAUCCUUCGGACUAUUUUUACCUGAGUUAUUUUAACUUCAAUGUGGAGAAUGUUACACUUUUCAAAACCGCGCAUUGUACUCAGCAGUCUGUCUUGCAUUACACACUGUGGCCGUUACUUUAGUCCUCCCAAAUCUGAAACUCUAAAAAAGCAAUUAUUGGAACGUAUUAACACUUUUGGACCCUUAACUGUAUCUGAAUACAUGAAAGAAUGUUUAUCUAACCCAUUAUAUGGUUAUUAUAAUACACACAGUGUUUUCGGAAAAUCUGGAGAUUUCACCACUUCACCUGAAAUAUGUCAAGUCUUUGGUGAGUUAAUAGGUGUAUGGUUGCUGGAAGAAUGGAAAAGACAAAACAGCCCCAAACACUUACAACUCGUUGAACUUGGUCCAGGACGUGGCACACUUUGCUCUGAUAUACUGAGGGUUUUUUCCAAAUUCCCAGAGAUAUAUUCAACAUUAUCAAUACACUUAGUUGAAAUAAGUCAAUCAAUGCGACAGACUCAAAAGCAAACAAUAGAAAAAACUCUGUCACAUUUAAAUAAUAAACCCCCGCUUAUAUUUUGGCAUACUGACCUACAACAAGUUCCUGAAAAUUUCUCAUUUUUUAUAGGUCACGAAUUUUUUGAUGUGCUUCCAGUUCACCGUUUUCAAAAACAUGAAGGGAAAUGGCACGAAGUUUUAGUGAGCUCUAGGAUGAAUUCUAAUAGCUUAUGUUUUGUACGUUCAAGCACAAAAACUCCAGCAUCAAUAGCAUAUCUCCCGUUAGUUCCUAAUCUGCCGAACCGAGACUCUGUGGAAGUCUGUCCUGAUAUGAUAUGUAUCGCACAAUUAUUAUGCAAACGAAUUAAUAAAACGGGUGGUAGUGCACUAUUGAUUGAUUAUGGUCAUGAAGGUGAAAAAGGUGAUACAUUUCGUGGUUUUCAUAAACACUCAGUUUGUGAUCCUCUCAUCAAUCCUGGUCACACUGAUCUAACAUGUGAUGUUGAUUUUAGUAUUUUAUGUCAUGCAGUCAAAAACUCCGAUGCUAAAGGUUUGUUUAUUAUUUAAUUUUUUAUUUUAUUCCAUGUUAUUCCGGUUUAUUUCUUUUUAUAAAAAUUAAAUUAAUGCUUUCCCGUUCAGCUUAUUUGUUUCAGUGGUUAAUUCUUAAUUAAUUAUUAUGAUUAUAUUAUAGUAACAAAAACUGUUUGCAUAGAUUUCUUUGACAUUUCCCCUCUUACUAAUAUUAUUGAUUAUCAAGUUGAUAUCAUUGAUCAGGAAAUGAAUAGGGGAGUUGCUAAGGUGACAGCUCAGGUUAUCUAGUUUUUUCUUGUUACUAUAUGCCGGUUUUUCCUUUAAAUAUUACCUGGGUGACAUUUUGUAACGUUUACAUUUUGGUAGUUUCGUGUCUGACCUGAAGGUACCUUGUAUGUUGGGAGAGUGUAUGAGAGAAUCCGACAGGAAAAAGGUGUGGCGAUAACUCAAUGAACACAUAGAAUGCACUUACAUUUAAUAACGAAAGCAAUCGACAACAUUUGGAAGUAACACUAACCUUAGAUUAAAAAGAUCUGAUAAUUGAAACUAGAAGUUGAUAGCGUAAAGUCUCGAACGCGUUGCAAUUUCUCUAAUUUUAGUAUCCAUAAUGACGUUUGCUGUUGUUCGAUUGGUUGUUAUUACUCUUAGUUCGCUUUUUUACGUGUUCCAAGUUCAUUUCAUAUUACCAUAUCAACAGAGUUGUCGCUUUUCAAUAUCUGACUUCUGUUGGGAAUAUAAAGCUAGCUUGAAAGUUCUGUCUUCUCUAUCUUACACUAGCUUAUAGAUUAUUGACGUUAAAGUGUUGCUGUAUCUCAAACAUCCAGCAUAGUAUAUUUAAGUUUAAAUUCUUUCUCUUACUUCCGGGUGUGGGCCCCUAAGAAAACCACUUGCUUCAGUUUGGGCACCUGGGCAGUAUCACAGCCCUCAAGCAAAUCGAAUGAGAUUUGUAUGGCGCAUAUGUAUCUGGUGCUUCCUUGUACCAAUAUUUAUGUGUUUAAAUAAAUAAAAUAAAAUAAAAACUUAUUAGAAGAUUCUCAGUUGUUCAUAAACAUGGUUUACCGUAGACCAAUCGGAAACUACAAUGUUUCGUUAUUAUCAUUAUUUGAUGGUAGCCUAGCGUUUUAAGUACUUCAUUAUCAACCAUUUAGUUUUGGGUUCAAACGCAAUAAUGUCCAUUCAGUUUGGUCAAGUGAUUAAUAUCACAGCCUUCACACAAUAAAAAAAUACAGCUUGAAUCGCGUGCAUAAGGCUAUACUUAAUAAAUGAUUUACAACAUGAUCCUCAAAUGUGUACGAUGACAUAUCUAGUUGUCUUAAACUACAACAUGGCUAAUUAAUUGCACUUGAAAGCGUAUAACUACCGAACCUUUACUCAAGAAAAAUAAUAACGGGUCUCAUUAACCAAUAAGACCUUUUAGUUCAAUCAUCGAAAUUCUCGAAUUUUAAACCUGUUUUGAAUUAAACUACUGUAUUGUACCAUAAAUUUAUAACCUUAGUACAUAAUUCUGUACAGGUAUAUUAGAUUCUUUUCAGUACUUUCAUCCAGUAAGUCACACACAACGUAGAAUCUGGCACAUAUGUGCAUUGAUUAAAUUUGCCACACCACCUCACCACAGCGGAAUGCCUGAGCAACAGAAGCGGUAAUUAUAUCGGUCGUUGCAGAAGAGGUUACACUUAGACGAAAUGAUUCUGUAAGGAAGAAUAAAUUCUCAGGAUAAAAAAGUACGACAUAAUUUCAAAAAUCAGCACCUUAGAGAAGACAAAGACUGAGACCAUUCACGCCGUUGCGUACGAUUAUAAGUCAUUUCACCCUAUGUUUUCAACCACUAACUACAAUAAUCGUGCGAACCCCAACCAAGUACGUUUCACUUGUAUACAUGAUUUAGUCCAACGGUCAACGAUGUCAUGGACUAACACCACAUCAAGUAACUUAACUCCCUUUUUCAUUUUUCUCUACUUCACAUCUCUGUUAAUAUUUUAACAAGUGAAAUUUUCUUUUUCCUAAUACUUUAGUAAGACUUCAUGGCCCUGUAACUCAAGCUUAUUUUCUUAUCAAUAUGGGUUUAUUCACCCGAUUAAAGGUUUUAUUGUCUAAAUGUGAAUCAGAACAACAAAAAGAUGAAUUGUUUUCAGCGUGUGAAAUCCUCGUCACCAAUGAACAAAUGGGUAGUCGAUUCAAAUUCGUUGCAAUAACCCCUGAGUUAAAAUCAGAUUCCGCUGGUUGUGAGCAACAACUACCUGGUUUUACUCCAUUAUCUGGUACACCAUAUGCACAGCCGGAUUCUGUAUAAAUAAUGUGUUUUUUUUGUAUAAAUUCCCUUGUUUAUUUAUCAGCUAAAUUACUGAACUCAAUCUCCUAACUUUGUACAUAUAAACCUCAAAUAUAUAUUUAUUAUUGUAUAUAUGCAUGAUCA